AUGAAUGGAAUCACAGAGCCCGCCAAAGCAGCUUCUGCCGCCACCCAGACCACAGAGACCGUCAAGAUGAACGGCACAUCCACAACCACCACCACCGCCACAGCAGCCGCCCCAGACGCAGGCCUCUUCGGCGACGACCUCAUCUCCCCCGAAGUCGCAAAGGCCCUCCCCGAUGGAUACAAGAUCCGCGCUCUGCGACAGUCCGACUUCAACGCCGGCUUCCUCGACUGCCUGCGCGUCCUGACCACUGUCGGUGACAUCACAGAGGACCAAUUCGCCGGGCGCUUCGAGUGGCUCAGCAAGCAGGACGGCGGCUACUACAUCCUAGUCAUUGAGGACGGCGGCAGGGUUGUCGGCACUGGUGCCCUCAUUGUCGAGCGCAAGUUGUACGAUGCUAUCCCUUUCUCCCCAAGAUUCUAUAGCCUUGUGGCCCAACGGUGCCCAUACAUCCAUAACCUCGGCCUGGUCGGCCACAUCGAGGACAUCGCGGUCGCAAAGGACCAGCAGGGCAAGAAGCUAGGCCUGCGCCUGAUCCAGGCCCUCGACUUCAUCGCCGAAAAGGUCGGCGCCUACAAGACAAUCCUCGACUGCAGCGAGGCCAACGAGGGCUUCUACAUCAAGUGCGGCUUCAAGAGGGCCGGGCUGGAGAUGGCCCACUACUACAAGAAAUAA